AUGGAUCUGGACCACUGGACCACCCAGUUCUUAACCGGCCACGGGGACUUUAGAGCCAAGCUCCACAGCUUUACGCUGGCUCCGGACCCCAUAUGCGAAUGCGACCGGAUGCCGGAAACCGCAAAGCACGUUUUGAUGUACUGUCCUAGAACCUUGGACGCCCGGAAGAAACUAAGACGGGUUCUGAGACAAGAGGGUGUCAGAUGGCCACCAGAGGAUGGCGCAUUCCUCACGAGCAAGAAAACGUAUGAGGCACUUGCAACUUUUGCAAGAGAGGCCUUAACAAACAGAUCGGACCGAUGA